AUGAGUGUUCUGAGACAAAAAAGGGAACAAGUGAACACAGUGUUUCAACAACUUUUUGAUGAAGCAAAAGAAUUAGCCGAACAACUUAACGUUGAAAUAAAAUGCCCCAGAUUAGUGUCAAGACAAGUACAUAGAGCUAAUAAUCAACCAGCUCAAUUAGCCGAGGAGUAUUUUCGCCGGAGCGUCUACAUCCCUCUUCUGGACUCCAUAAUAAAUGAUCUGCAAGAGCGGUUAUCUCCAGAGGUACUUGAUUUAUUCCAACUUGGCGUGUUGAUUGCAAAAGCUAAUCAUACCUGUAGUAAUGAGGAAAUGGAAACGAUUAAACAUCUCGCCGUAACCUAUAAACCACUAAGAGACAACACGCCAGUGUCGGUCAUAAUCAGCGAAUAUCGGCUGUGGACAGAAAAAUGGAAACGGGAUCAGGCUAUACCGCAGACGAUUUCUGAUCUGAUAAUGCAUUGCGAUGGUGAUAUGUAUCCUAACAUAAAAAAGCUUCUGUGUAUUCUUGCUACACUACCAGUCAGGUAG